CGUUUUUUCCCAAUAAUGCUCGUAAGAAAAUACAUGUUGUCUUGCCGAUCGGCCGCCUCUUCGGUGUGCAGGGGAACAGGGCGCUACUGCUCGGAUUCGGGCAGGUCAGGGAUCUUUUUCGUGGAUAUAGGGCAGUUGGAGUGCUCGCAGCCUCGUCCUGGAAAGGCCCUCGACUGUUCCUUUGGUGGCUGGAGCUGCAGCACCGCACCCGGGAAUGCGGGGGGCCUGGAGAACAGCCUGUUUUCCUGCCAGGAGACCUUAUUCCCUUACAUCAAAGACAACGUGAAGGAGUAUCUGCGUGCUCACUGGGAGGAGGAGGAGUGCCAGCGGGAUGUCGGACUUCUGAGGAAACAGGCUCAGGAGGACUCCAGCUUGGACGGAGCCGUGCCAAUCCCUCUGGAGAGCGGAAGUGGGGAAGAGGAGCUGGAGCGGGUCAUCCAGGCGGUUGUGGACAAUGUGCACUGGCAGAUGUCCCUGGACAGGAAGACCACAGCGCUGAAGCAGCUGCAGGGUCACAUGUGGAGGGCAGCCUAUGCAACUGGGCUCGUCAAAGGAGAAAUCUUUGAGGACGUGGUUCCAGCCAUCCGGAAGUGGCGGGAAGCGGGGAUGAAGGUCUAUAUCUACUCUUCAGGCAGCAUUGAAGCCCAGAAGCUUCUGUUUGGAUAUUCUACAGAAGGUGAUAUCCUAGAGCUCUUUGAUGGCCACUUCGAUACCAAAAUAGGCCCCAAGGUAGAAAGUGAGAGCUACAGAAGGAUUGCUGCCAGCAUUGGGUGCGCCACCAACAACAUCCUCUUCCUGACGGAUGUCCCACGAGAAGCCAAUGCGGCCGAGGAAGCAGAUACUCACGUGGCUGUGGUGAUCAGACCAGGCAACGCAGGACUGACAGACGAUGAGAAAUCGUAUUACAGCCUCAUCUCAUCUUUCACCGAACUUUACCUGCCUUCCUCCACCUAGGGAAAGCGGUGCACGCACAAAAGACUGUGCUUCACCUGAAUUGUCCUUGUGAAACAUUAGGUAAUUUUGUCCAUAAUAAGAAUUCAAAACCAAAUCCGCAUCAUGUCUCGGACCCGCAACCAGUGCAGGCAGGUAUGGAUGGACAGUAUGGUGUGGGGUCCCUUGCGCAGUAGGACGGAGGCCUGCUGCCAGCUGGAGCUGGGAACAGGGUGAGGAGCAGCACCCAUGAGCCCUGCUGUUCCUCCCCUUUCCUGGCUAGCAGUUAGCUAAGGAGAUGCUUCCUUCAGAGUCACCCACUGAAAUCUGGUGCUGAGAUGCCCCACCAUGAGCUCUGUCAUUUUUAGCAGCAGUCUGGAAGCAAGGUUUAUGUCCCCUUGUCCCAGAGGGACCCCUGAGGACCAUGAGGGGAUAUGAUCUCCUCCCUGCAAAUGGGGUUGCUGGCUAAGUCAAAACUUUCAAAGUUAGGAUUCCCAAAGCCAACUGUGGGCUGUAAUACAGUAGCUGACAGAGAAAAAGCCAGCCCUUGCUGCAGGCAAGCUCUUUAGAUGAAGAACAACAUAUAUCUUGGCUAUAUCUGCAGCAGGUCUAGGUACAAAACAGUACAACUUCCGUAUGGAAGCUGCUUAGAGCUACACAGCCAGCCUACCAGAAUGAUGUAGAGUAUAUAUAAGUAUAGCUUUAAAAAUUAAAUUCUGGACACACUCCACUGCUGCAUUGUGGUGCUGGGCUAUAGGAUAUAACUGGCUGAACACCAAAGUCAGCUUGACUGCAUUUCUGAAGUAUCUCAGCACUAACCCAUGGAGCUCCUCCUCAGUAGCCAACACCACCCAGUCACCCAUUCAUAGCACUGGUCAGCUGUGAGCAAACCUUGACAAACUGCUCCCAGGGGGGACAUCCUGCUGCAUUUAAUGAGAAUUAAAACCCUGACCUGUUCACCCUACCUAAAUUGUGCCAAUGUAUAUCAGAUGGUCAUGGAGCUUUUCCUAAUAUAGUAAAUAAAAAAACAAUUUGGCUUUCA